UUGACUCAGAGCCGCCCGUACAUCGCAGAUCUACCAACAAUCAGCUAUGCGCAGGUAGCCUAGAAAGAUAACACUUUGCACAAGAGGGAUAUGGCAGCUUUGGAUCCGGGCGAAGAGCAUACGCGCUUCACUGAGUGGGCGAAGAGGAAUGGCGUGCAGAUCAAUGGCGUUGCUCCAGCAAAGUUCGUGGAUAGAGGAAUGGGCAUCGUGGCGGCGAAGGACUUGAAGAAAGGAGACCAGCUAGUCCACGUCCGCAGCACCUCACUCAUCACCGUAGCCCAUCCCUCAAUCCAAGCCCUCAAAUUCCCCGCAAAAACCACCGUACACGCCCGCCUCGCCGCCUACCUAGCUCUUUCGUUCACCAACAAAGGCGGCGAGCUUACGCCAUGGCAAGCCGUCUGGCCCAGCGAACAAGACCUCGAAACCAUCCUGCCGAUCCACUGGCCCAAGAAACUGCAAGACCUGCUCCCAAACGCCGCGAACGUCCUCCUCACCGCCCAACGCUCCAAGCUCGAAAAAGACUACCUCUCCAUCCACUCACUCCCCACCUUCUCGCACCUCCCCAAGCCCCUCUUCACCCACGCCUGGCUGCUCGUCAGCACGCGCACCUUCUACUGGGAGUACCCGGACCUGCCCCCCGCGCACCCGCGGCUCCCCAAGAAGCGCAGCAACCUCACCGCCGACGACUGCUACGCCAUGGUACCCUUCAUGGACUACUUCAACCACUCGCCGCGCGGGUGCGACCCGGCGCACGACCGCAGCGGCUACUCCGUAACCGCAGAUCGCGACUACAGCGCCGGCGAGGAGGUCUGCGUGUCGUACGGGUCGCACACGAAUGAUUUCUUGCUUGCGGAGUACGGCUUUAUUCUGGAGGAGAACGCGUGCGAUGCGCUGGCACUCGACCACAUUAUCCUCCCGCAGCUCUCCGCCGCGCAGCUCGCUACGCUGAAGGAAGACGGCUUUUGUGCUAACUACACUCUCUCCCCUUCCGCUUCCUCCUCCCCAGCAGCAGCAGCAGCAGCAGCGAUCUGCCACCGCACCCAAGCCGUGCUGCGCCUGCUCACGCUCCCGCACCGGCGCUACGCCGCCUUCGUAAGCGGGACCGACGACAGCGCCGCAGACCAGGCCCGCGUGGACGCGUACCUGCUCGGCCUGCUGGUCAAGUACGAGAGGCAGGUUAUGGAGAUACUGGAGGAGGUAGAGGGGCUGGAUGAGACGGCGAGUGAGCAGAAGGAUGUGCUGGGGAGGAGGUGGAGGCAGAUUCGGCGGAUUGUGAGGGGGGCUGUGGGGACGUUGGGGGGCGGGUAG